AUGCUUCAUCCAAUCCCAAAUCUUCAAGACUACGAUGUCUCGCCAGUUGCGGGGUUUCUUCCAGAUGACCCACCUUUGGAACGUCUUCUUGAUCCUUACUACGAACCAUGGGAAACCAUUGCUCAAAGCCUACCAGCAUUUGUCAUGACACGUCAGGUUCGAGACUAUGUCGACACUCGCAUGCCUUUACUGACCACCGCACGCCUGAGCUCCGAGCCCGAGUGGCGUCGCGCAUGUAUGAUUCUAUCCUUUUUGGCUCACGCUUAUGUAUGGGCCGGAGACCAGCCCCGCGACCAUCUCCCACAACAGUUGGCCGACCCAUGGCUAGCUACUGCGGCCCAUUUCGAUCUGCCUCCCAUUACUUCUUAUGCCUGUGUGUGCUUAUGGAACUUUCGUACCAUAUAUCCAGAUAUUCCGCCAGCCCAGUGGUCGCUGGCAAACCUCACUACACUCUUGACUUUUACAGGAUCAUACGAUGAGUCAUGGUUCUACCUCGUCUCCACAGCCAUUGAGCGUGAGGGUGCACCCUGUCUAACUCAUGGUAUUGAUGCUAUUGCUGCGUGUCGGAAUGGUGAGUCCGAGGAUGUUGUUAAGCACCUCCAGGCCCUCGCUGAGGCAAUUGACAGUCUUACAACUACACUCGCUCGCAUGUUUGAAAUGUGUGACCCCCAUACUUUUUACUUUCGUAUCCGGCCAUAUCUGGCAGGCUGGAAAAAUAUGGAAGAUGCUGGUUUGCCCAAGGGUGUGCGUUACGGUGACGAAAAGGAGUACCGCCAAAUUUCUGGAGGCUCAAACGCUCAGUCAUCACUCAUUCAGGCUCUCGACAUUCUACUUAAUGUUGAGCAUUACCCCACUGGUCACCGCAGAAGUACCCAUGGCAUUUUGCCUACUCAAAAAACCACAGAGCAUGACACUGCUACACCUGAAGAAAAACAAAAAAGUGCCAAUUUCAUUCAUGAAAUGCGCAAGUACAUGCCUCGAAAGCAUCGAGAGUUUCUCGAGGCUCUGACUCGUGUAUCGCAUAUUCGCGACUACGUUGUGGCUCACUCUGAAGAAACACCUGCACUUGUCAUUUCGUACGAUGCGUGUCUGGCCAUGCUGCGCACAUUCCGUGAUAAACACAUUCAAAUUGUGUCGCGCUAUAUCAUCAUCCAGGCCCGCAAGGCACAGAAACUGGUUCCAAAAAAGACUGCUGUCACAACCCCAGGCGAUACCAAGCGCGAGGGUCUUGCGGCCGCCGACAGCGAGACACAACGGGGAACGGGCGGCACCGCGCUCAUUCCCUUCCUCAAACAGGCCCGCGACGAAACUGGCGACCCAGCCGCGUCCACGUGGGGCCGUCGUCUGCUCGCAGACACGUCCCGUACUCUCAACAAUCCCCGCACUUUGCCUGUUCUGCCUGCACAUGGAGUUCCAGCAAACCAUUUUACUUUAGGCUCCGGUUCUGGUGCUAGUGCUAGUGCUAGUGCUAGCACAUCUACUGCUGAGCAGAAGAAGGAUAAGCCUGUAGAAGUUGCAGAGACUUCUAUGUCUGCCUUUUCUCGACUUAAAAAUGCGGUACUUGGGUCGCCGGAUGCUUCACCCAAGUCUUCCGGUAUUUAA